AUGGAGCUGCGAUACGUGUCGUGGGGUAUACUGCGUCGAGAACACUUGGCUCAUUUGGGGGAACGGCAUGGGGCUAGGCACCGGCACACGGACGCGCACAAGUGCGUACCUAUUCCGACUGGAGAGCCCACGACGGACAAGAAAUCCGAGGCCCAAGCGUUACUGAACAAACUAUUCCCAAAUGUCAAAUCACAAGCCGGGACUUCUCGUUCAGCGGUAAAGAAGACAACUGACCCGGCCAAGGUGGCUAAAUUACGCGCAAUUGAGCUCAUGAGGAUGAAGCACAAGGCCGUGGCUGGAGAUCCUCGGUCGAGCGCACAACCUAAAGACAAGGUUCAUCUCAAGGUGGUGUGGGGUACAAGCGAAAAAGUAGUGUGGUUUGUCAAGACGGUGGUAACAGGACGCGCGGUGGACCUCGCGGCGCGAAUCUGCAGUGUAUCUCGAGAAGAUGGACGAGGGAUGGUGUUUGUACUUGGGGAUGAAACUGAUGGGCCGCUGAAAAAUGAAGUGGAAUUGGGAGCACAGGUAGAAGAUGGGGAUACGGUGUGGCUGGCAAAGAUGUAA